AUGGGAAGAGUUAUAGGAGUUUUUGGAGAGGGAAGGAAUGAAGUGUUUAAGGGUUGGGGAUUUGGGCUUAUGCUUCUACUUGUGUCCAUUUCAGCCAUGUCCAUGAUCUUAUUUGCUUGCGCCGAUCACAAGAAGAAGCCUCCUAAGAAUAAGAAUAAGAAGAAGAAACGUGAUGCCGAUGUUGUGGAUUGUGGCUGUGGCGAUUGCUUUGGAGGAGGCGAUGGUGGUGGUGAUGGAGGGGGUGGUGGGGAUGGAGGUGGUGGAGGCGGGGGAUGUGGCGGAGGCGGAGGUGGAGGCGGCGGAUGUGGCGGAGGCGGUGGUGGCGGCGGCUAG